CUUAUAUUGUUUCAGGUUUUAAUGAAUUUCCUCGUUCAGUUAUAGCCCGGUGACUGACAAAGGGCCGGCACCAUGCUGCAGCAGAUCCUGCGGGACAUGUGGGUGGACCCGGAGAUCCUGGCCGAGCUGGAUGAGGCCCAGAAACAGACGCUGUUCUGCAAGAUGCGGGAGGAACAGGUGCGUCGUUGGCAGAUCUGGGACCAAAAGCUCUGCAAAGAAGAAACGACGGACAUGCCGAAGAAGAAUGGGAAGAAGCAGGUCAAAUUCUUGCACGGAGAAGAUGGAGAACCGUGGGUCUGGGUGAUGGGCGAGCACGCCAACGACAAGUCCAUAGAGAGCAUCCUGGAAGAAGAGACCCGCGCGCGCGCACUCGCGCAGGCGCGACAGGAAGCGCACCAGCUACGCAAGUCCGUUGAGAAGGAACUCACACAACUCAUAGACUACCGGCCUCUGGAUAGUUUGGAGCAGAAAUUCGACCUAUCCCCCAAAAACGUCGAGUCUAUAGAAGACGCCUUGGAUAUCUACUGCACAGUGGACGAUUUGCGGCAGCGGAUCGCAGCGCUGGAGCCCGAGGUGAAAGAGAAGUCCGGGGGGAAAGAGAAGGACUACAGCGACGACAUGAAGCUGGACCUUAAUAAGAAUACUCUCCAUUUCAACUUUAUCGAGGGGAAGAGGGAUGGGUUACAGGACCUGUCUCCAAACAGCACCACUGAUGGCGUCAGUUCACGCGUACUCGCAUGGGAGCGGCGCGUGGCGGGUGCGAGAGCUGGUGAAUUACUUCGCGGGAUCAAGGCCAGGAGAGCGCGCUCGAUGCGAGACGCUACGCUUAAUGCGCAGGAUGACGCAGCCUGGCGGGAGCAAGAGCGCAAAGCCAAGGAAGCGGAAGCCGCGAUGCGGGAGAUAGCGCGCGCGGCGCGCGAGGCGCACCGCCGCUCCGCCGAGCCCGCGCCGCCGCCGCCGCCCUGCCCCAGCCAAGCUGGCAAGCCACCGAGUCGAGAAGCGGUGGUGGAGUGGUUCCGCAGCCGGGAGCUGCCCCGAGGCGUGGGGCUCGACGACAACAACAAACCCGUCAACUGGUUCCAUGGUCUGAUCACCCGAACGGAGGCUGAGCAGCUGCUGUCGCGCUGCCUGCCGGGCGCGUUCCUGGUGCGCGUGUCGGAGCGCGUGUGGGGCUACGCGCUGUCGUACCGCGCGCCCCACGCGCGCUGCAAGCACUACCUGCUCGAGCGCCUGCCCCGGGGGUACCGGCUGCUGGGCGACAGCCAGGCCACGCACGAUACCUUAGCUGAUCUCAUAGCGUACCACAAGACGGUGGCCAUCACCGAGAACGGUGGUGAGUUGCUCACCACCGUGUGCCCCCACCAGCGGCCGCCCGCCAUCUUGGACACGCUCUAGCGUCCCUUACUGCACCACACAACUCACAA